CUGGCAACACUGCACUUGUCACUGUCAACGUCAGCCAGACUUCUGGAACAUUCCAAGUUCCAUUGAUUCCAAAAAGUUUAUUGUUUAUAUUUAUGUCAAUAUUUUAUUGUUUACUUAUUUGGAAAGAUGGAAGAAUCAAUUUGUAGGAUAUGCUUAUCGAAUUCGGGCGAGUUCCAACACGUAUUUACUUCAAUACAUUUAGAUUUUGAGGGAAUUAACACUAGGAUGCACCUCUCUGAAAUCAUUUGCUCUUUUGCACAAGUACAGAUUACAUUAGGGGAUGGCCUCCCAGAAAAAAUCUGUGCCUCAUGUAUAGAAACAUCAUUAAAAAUGUAUCAUUUCAAAAUUCUUUGUGAAGUAAAUGAUAAGAAAUUAAGACUGAAGACUGAAACAACUAUUUAUAAAAGUGAGAUACUUGACAAACCCCCUGAUAAUAAACCUGCUUUGGAAGAAAAUAAUGAACCAGAACCUGAUGCAUUGUCACCUUUUUGUAAUGCAUCUUUUAGCAAUGAUGAAUUUGAUGAUGAUGAGGUUUUGAAAGGGGAGGAGUUGUUUAAGAUAAUUAAACUAGAAAAAUCCAAGGAUUUUUUAUGUGAAAUAUGCCAAAAACGUUUUACCAGAGAAGAUUUACUUUUAAGACAUAAAAUCGCUCAUGCCUCAAAGUUACCUGAUUUUGAAGAUUCAGACUCCUCUGAUGUGAAAUCUGAAAAAAGUUUUAUACCUGAUGAGGGAUUUAAAUGCUCAGUUUGUGAUUUCAAAACUUUGGAAGAUUUUAUAAUGGAUAAGCAUUAUGUUGAAAAACACUCAGAGAGUAAUCAGGACACUAUAACUUGUAAAUUGUGCCAAAAAGUGUUGGAAAAUGAAAACAGCUUUAGAAAACAUAUUAAAAGACACUGUCAGAACAAAAGGUGAGGUAAAAGUCAAAAGUUCUCAUGUCCACACUGUCACAUGGCUUACUCAAAAAAGGGUAACUUAGACAACCACAUAGAGUGCCACAAAAGAUCAAAUACCUUAUCACAAGAACCUGCAGAUGCAAGUGACGGAGAAUUUGCUUGUGACCACUGCAACAAAGUGUUUAAAUCUAAAAAACAUAUUCUGGCACAUCUAAGUAGGGUUAGUGAGAGGAAAAAGGCACAUUUUGGUUCCAGAAAACCCCAUAUUUGUGAUAUUUGUUUUAAAGCUUUUAACCAAAUCUCAAACCUAAAAGACCACUUGCGCACCCACAACGGAGAAAAACCAUUUCUCUGUCCCACUUGUGGUAAAGGGUUCAACCAAUUGGGAAACUUACGACAGCAUCAAGUGCGCCACAGCGGGGUAAAAUCGCACAUUUGCUCCACCUGUAACCACGGUUUCGCCAGUAAGGGCGAACUAGACGCCCAUUUAAGAAAACACACAGGGGCGCGUCCGUUUGUAUGUGAUGUUUGCGGAAACGGGUUCACCACCUCCUCCUCACUAACCAAACACAAACGUAUCCAUUCGGGCGAAAAACCGUACGAGUGCGACUAUUGCAAAAUGAAAUUUUCUCGGUCCGGGAUUUUGAGUCGACAUCGCCGUAUACACACCGGAGAGAAACCGUACGUGUGCGAAGUAUGCAAAAAGGCGUUCACGCAAUCGAACGAUCUGAAUUCGCACGUGCGAAUUCAUACGGGUGAAAAGCCUUACGCGUGCGAUAAGUGCGGUCAACGGUUUAGACAAAAUUCCGCUUUGAGGACACACAGAAAGACACAUUCGCAAGAGCCCAGAUGUAGGAAGGAACGACAACCGCGACCUCCUCUUUUCGUCGAGGAGGAGGAGAAUAUUUUGAUGGUCAACUUUGAGGAGGGAAUCGCGCCUCAUUCAGUAUUUGCUGCCAUGUAAUUUUCAGUUAAUAAAUUAUUUAUUUUA